GCAUGCCUUCUCUUACUCUUCCUUCCAUGUUGGACUACAAGUCUAUAUCAUCCCUCCUUCUCUUCUCAUCACCUGUGAUCGUUGUGGAAUCUAAGGGACAUGGAGGCUGAGGCGAGCUACGUCAAGGACACCGAGCUAAGGCUCGGUUUGCCCGGCACCCACGCGCCGGUAGCAACGAGGGGAAGCAAACGAGCGCUGCCGGAGGACGACGAGAAGAGCCAUGGCAAGAGCAAGGCUCGAGUGGUGGGGUGGCCGCCGAUCCAGUCGUACAGGAAGAACAGCUUCCGGGCGAGGAAGGCGGAGGCGGAAGUCGCCGGAUCUUACGUGAAGGUUAGCAUGGACGGGGCUCCCUACUUGAGGAAGAUUGAUCUUAGGGUUUACAGGGGUUACAAGGAGCUCAGGGAAGCCUUGGAGGACAUGUUCGGAUGCUUUUCUCUGGGAGAAGCGUCUGGGGCAGAAGGGUGCACUGGAUCUGAACAUGCCAUGGCUUACGAAGACAAAGAUGGAGACUUGAUGUUGGUUGGAGAUGUCCCAUGGGAGAUGUUCAUCUCUUCCUGCAAAAGACUCAGGAUAAUGAAAGGAUCUGAAGCAAGAGGCUUAGGAUGAAGGCAA